ACCGGGCCUCUUCCUGUGCCGGGUUCACCUCCCGGAACGCCCCUUCAUUUACCCCGAAGAUCCAACUCCAAGUCCCUUUCCCCUUUCUUCCUUUCCCCUUCCCGCUUCUCCUUCCCCGGGCUCUCGUCACUGGUCCUUCCCCGCUUUUUCUGUACUCACAAACCCUCCAAGAGUCAGAGGUCCCGGGCCAUGAGCCGGAAGCGGCCCCGGCUUGUCCCGGAGACCUUCGGGUCUAAGAGGCAACAAGGACCAGGAGAGGCCGGUGAGGAAUUCCCGAAGGGCGAGUCAGGGUCGGUGCGCAGGGCCCUUCGCGAACUGGGCGAAUUGUUCCCCAGGCGGCUCUUCCAGGACGCACUGCCUCCCAUCGCCCUCAAGAGCCAGGUGUACAGCCUCGUGCCAGACCGGACCGUCGCCGACAGGCAGCUGAGAGAACUUCGGGAACAAGGGGAGAUUCGAGUCAUUCAACUUGGCUUUGAUUGUGAUGCUCAAGGGAUUGUCUUCACUGAAGAUUUUAAGGCCAAAGCCCUGGAAUCUUGCAGGGGCUGCCCAUUUGAAGGGACAGUGCAGAAGUUUCUAGCCCUGGUACUUCCAGCCUGUGGAGACCUCAGCUUUCAACAGAAUCAGAUGAUCCAAACCUUUGGUUUUAGGGACUGUGAGAUAACGGAACCCAGGCAAAUUACAUUCCCUCUUUCCUUAAGGCAGCUGGUAAAUGCUGGAAUCCUCACAGUCCGAGAUGCUGGGAGCUGGUGGCUGUCAGUGCCAGGAGCUGGAAGAUUUGUAAAAUAUUUUGUUAAAGGGCGACGGGCAGUACUUGGAAUGGUUCGAAAGUCCAAGUAUCGGGAGCUGUCCCUUUCUGAGCUUCUAGGCAGACAGGCUCCUCUGUCUGUGAGGCUUGGUCUUCCCUAUCAUGUACACGAUCUAAUUGGAGGACAGUUGCUUGACAUUGUCCCUACCACAUCUGGGACUCUUCUUCGCCUGCCUGAAACAUAAAGAUUCUGGUUAUAUCUCUUCCCACUUCAUCUGUUGGACUAGGGAAUGAAAUAAGGUGUAGAUAUAACCUGCAAUACAAGAUGUCACUGUUGACGUAACACAGAUGGAAAUAGCAUUUCCAGAGGAGUCUUCCCUCAAAAGGUCUGGAGUUGAGACUACUCUUUGGCUCUCUGGGUUGGUGGGACAGAUAUAAUCAUUGUUGUUUAUAUUUUGGGGGUGGGGACGAUCCUUGCCCAGCUCUGCCAAGGAGGAAGAUCAGAAACUAUGUCAAUGUUUUGGUUAUUGCCUUUCACACACACACACACACACACACACACACACACACACACAUAUACAUAUAAUAGAUGGGGUAGAUGCAGAGAGGAUGGAAUUCUCUCUUUUGCUUUUCAAAUCACCAAAUAAAUUAUUGUUUUUUCUGUGA